AUGGUAUUAACUGUUGCAUUUACGGGUACUUUUAAACUAGACACUCGUGAAGCUCACGAAGCUAGAGCUCAAACGAAUGGGUAUAAAGUUGUAAAAUUUGUAAUAAAGUCUACGACUUUCCUCGUAUGUGGAAAAGACGGUGGACAAAUAAUUCAAAAAGCAAAGAGCAUUGGUGUGAGGGUUAUCAGCGAAGAAAAGUGGAUGAAAGUUCUUGGAAAGAUGGAAACGGCUAAAGCCGGUCACAAAAGAUCUAGAAGCGAUGACAAUUCCGAAAAUAGAAAUCAAAGAGAAUUAGUUUAUCUGGAAUCUCACAGAUAUCAUAGAUUUUGGCAAAUGAGACGUGUUUACAAAACGACCUUUAUCCGAACCGGUUCGAUCGGUGCAAAAGGAAUGGAAACAAGUAAAGAACAUGAGACCAAGGAGCAAGCCAAGGAUAGUAUGGCUUCGAUGCUUGCGGCUAAAAGGGCAUCUGGAUAUAGAGGCGCUAGAAGACCACAAGAGCUUGAUUAUGAUGAUUCAUCUGACUCAUCUGAUGACAAUUUCGAGAAUGAGAGAGUUCAGGUUUCGUAUUCACCUAAACGUGAGCAAAAGAAGCAAAGGACCGAUAUUGAGGAAGAUAAAGUGGAUAGUAGUUAUCAAACCGAUUCUACUUUACGUGAAGAUGACGUUGAAAUGAGUGACACCGAUGUUCCAUUGAAAAAUGAUGACACCUUAGGUUCACCCAAGAAUGUCGCUAAAAAUUUGCUUGAUGAGGGGCAAGACAACUCCGUCCCCUCCCAAGACGUUGAAAUUUCUCAUGGUAUUAAAAAGAGCACACGCGCUUGUUCAGAGUGGAUAAAGGAAACAAAAGAAGAAAAGCGAAACUGCAAACACUCGAAAAAUGGAAAUAAAGAUAGGAGUUUGUCAACACCUCCAAUGUCGAUCAUGAAAGGAAAUUCCGUUGAUGUGGUUUUGGCCUUUUCUUGGAAACCUGAUGAAGUUGACCCAACCGGUUGGUGGGUCUCAGAAAAACUUGACGGUGUAAGAGCAUUUUGGAAUUCUAAAAGUGAAAAAUUUUAUUCAAGAAAUGGAAAUGAGUUCGUGGCUCCUUCCUGGUUUACUGAUGGAAUUCCAAGAGACCGAGAUCUCGAUGGUGAACUUUUUGGUGGUAGAGGAACAUUUCAAUCUACAAUAAGUAUUGUGAAAGCUGGUGAUAAAGAAUGGAAAAAUAUAAGUUAUGAGAUCUUUGAUGUUCCAACCUUGGGUCGCAUUCCCUUUGAGAAACGCAUGAAUUUUUUGGAAAAGAUGAUCGAGGAAAACAAGCCAAAAUAUGCGAGAAUGGUUAAGCAAAGACUCGUCAAAUCCGAAGGGGAUGUUUACGAUGAACUUGAACGAGUUGAAAAAUUGGGUGGCGAAGGACUCAUGCUUCGUAAACCAGGUAGUUUAUACGAAACGGGUCGGUCAAAAACUUUAUUAAAGGUUAAAACUUUCCAUGAUGGUGAAGCUAUUGUUAUAGCUCAUGAACCUGGUAAAGGUAAAUAUUUAAGACAAUGUGGAGCUCUUCGAUGUGAGAUGGCUUGCGGAAAAGAAUUUAAAGUUGGUUCAGGAAUGAAUGAUCAUGACCGUGCCAAUCCUCCACCGAUAGGGAGUAUAAUCAUAUACAGAUGCCAAGAACUCACAAAAGAGGGCUCUCCAAGAUUUCCUGUAUAUCUUGGCGUAGCACUUGAUAAAAAUGGUCCAACGGAUCCAAAUUUCGGUCAAAAAUAA